AUGGCUAAGCGUGUUAACCAAGUUUGGAAGGGACGCAAUAUUUUCUUCUGCGGAGGGAGGCUUAUAUUUGGUCCAGAUGCCAGGUCAUUGGUUAUUACCUUAUUGCUCAUCAUGGUUCCCGUUGUUAUUUUCUGUACAAAUGUGGCAAGGAACCUCCUCCAUGAAUUUCCAACAUAUAAUGGCGGCUAUGUCAUUCUAGUCGUAACAAUUCUGUUCACGAUCUAUGUAUUGGUGCUCCUGUUUCUCACUUCAGCCCGUGACCCAGGCAUUGUUCCUCGAAAUUUACAUCCACCAGAGGAAGAGAUUUGUUACGACUCUUCAACCUCCGUAGACGUUAGUGGGAGACACACACCAACUCCACGCUUACCCCGCACAAAAGAAGUGUUUGUCAAUGGUUUUUCUGUGAAAGUAAAGUAUUGCGAUACAUGCAUGAUAUAUCGUCCACCCCGUUGCUCACAUUGCUCUGUAUGUGAUAACUGCGUGGAGCGAUUCGAUCAUCACUGUCCUUGGGUGGGCCAAUGCAUUGGACUGCGCAAUUACCGGUACUUCUUUCUGUUUGUUUCUUCAUCAGCUCUUCUCUGUAUCUUCAUAUUUGCAAUGUCAGCUUUGAACAUAAAAUUUCAUAUGGAUGAUUAUGGAACUCUCUGGAAGGCGAUGAAGGAGUCACCUGCAUCCAUGAUAUUAAUAGUCUAUUCCUUCAUUUUCCUCUGGUUUGUCGGGGGCCUCACGUGCUUCCAUCUGUAUCUUAUAGGCAGAAACCAGACUACAUAUGAAAACUUUCGCUAUGGAGCAGCCAACAGGCACAAUGUCUAUGACCGGGGGUGCUUAAGGAAUUUUCUUGAAGUAUUCUGCACCAAGACAAAGCCUUCAAGAAACAAUUUCCAGGCUUAUGUACAAGAAGAGAUGCCUGUGCGUAUAACCCGAGAAGUAAAAAUAGAUGAUUCAGAAGGAGACAGUCGGACAAAAGUACAAGACAAUCUAGAAAUUGAUAAUGACCUUUUAAAGAUAUCCCAGCGUCGUGAUGCUUUAGAAGCUGAUAGGAGUUGA